UUGGUAGGCUAGUAGUACAGUACAUAAACAAAAGUUCAAACCAGCAGCAACUUUCGGACCGCCCAAAUCCAAAUCUUCUCAUGGCAUUUCAAGACAAUUCUAUUUUUUUCUAAAAGAACAAGUGGUCUUCUGGGUUAAAAUUCUAUUUUUCGUUUAGCACGUGUUUCUUACAAUGACAACAGAGUUCAAUAAAAUGCUUGCCACUCCUUUCAAACCACCCUCUGACGUGGAUUUUAAAAAUAGUUUUCUGACUUAACCUAUGCUGAUCGGCCACGCAAGGGUUUGAGAAAAAUAUUUUCAGCUGUUUGCACAGUUUUAACGUGUCAUCUCUUUUCUUCAGUUUGCUCAAUACCUCUGUUGGGUCGCGUGUUGCGAGAGUCGAGUGCUGUCAUGUUUGGGUUAGACAUUCCCAAGAUGAAAAUAGUUUUGUAUGCUUUGACUUUUCUUGGGUAUACAUACAGUGGAUAUGGGGCAGAUGUCAUAUCGCAUCUUCGCGAUGCGGUCUUGUCUGCUGAGAAUGUUUUUGGUGACUUUCUUGACAAUUUCAUCCAUGUAGCGAAAAAGUUUAGAGGUGUGUCGGAAGUCUUAAAUGCAGCUGUUGAUGAAGAUUGCCACUUUUUGUGUCCAAAUGGUAUGAAACCAACAGCAAAUAAAUAUCACAAACCCUCAAGUAAUGGAUGUGGGCCAGUUGGAAUGGAGAUUCCAAAAGAUGCAUUACCUGCUGUCGAAAUGACAGAAUGUUGCAACCAGCAUGACAUUUGUUAUGAUACUUGUAACUCUGGUAAAGAAAAAUGUGAUUUUGACAUGAAGCGAUGUUUGUACAAAAUAUGUGACAGCCAUGCUCAAACUGUUGGUGCUGCUUUGACCAAAGUAUGCAAGACGGUAGCGAAGUCUCUCUUUUCAGGUACCAUGACACUUGGGUGCAAGUCCUACUUAGAUGCACAGAAAAAUGCAUGUUAUUGUCCAGUUAGCAAGAAGUACAAAUCUGAGUUGUGAUGAGUGUUGGAAGUGAGGUACCAAAUGAGUUAUUAAAGAAAGUUAACUUUAGAGAAAUAGUUUUGAAUGGGUUUUUAAUCAGCAUAGUUCUAAAUAGUUAACAGUUCAUUGAAUUUCAUGAGUAUUUGCCAAAAUUUUACAUAACAAAUGACUGAUGUGAUUGCACAACAAAUGAUAAAGCAAAAAUUUAUGUGUCUUAAAAAAAAAUGAUAAAAUUACCAAGGUUUAAAAUAAGACAUCAAAACGGACUUACAAAAUAUGGAACAAGAUAAAAUAACUUGUCUAAGCAAGACCAAGUCUCUUACUUAGCUCACCACUUUCUUGUAAAGCUUUUACAUCAGUACCUCCUCCAAUGCACUCUCCUUCCAAGAACACACGUGGAACCUGAAAGCAGAUGUUUGAAUGCAUUGUUAAAUCCAAGCAAACAAUACCAUUACAAUCGCGAUGGUAAGAAAAGAAAGUAAUAACAAUGUCUCACUUUUCUAUACAAUAAAUGAACAGGAGAUAAAUAAAUUAUUGUACUUA